AUUGGGGUCCUUUCUUGCGAUAGGCUAGCUGUCGAAACGGUGUUACGAGUCACAUUGUUUUACACAACUGUGGUAAAUUAACAAAAAUAACACCAAUAUAUGUCGAUUAGAUUGUUUUGGGGAUGUUGAUAAAAUCGAAGUUUCCUUUGGUUUGGUCAUUUACGCCCUAACUGUCCCAGUAGUGUUGUUUUAUAACGUCGAAGGGUGUGUUUUUUUUUCGGUCGCCGUCAACACAGCAGUAGCGUUAGCAAAGCAACCAAGCUAACGUUCUCAAAACCCACGUAACGUUAAUUCUGAUAUUUAGCUAGCUAGCCAAACAAAAUAAGAGGGAGGCGUUGAUGAGCAGUAAUGUCUGGCAUCGCUCUUAGCAGACUGUCCCAGGAGCGCAAAGCCUGGAGGAAAGACCAUCCGUUUGGUUUUGUUGCUGUGCCCACGAAGAAUCCUGAUGGGACCAUGAAUCUGAUGAACUGGGAGUGUGCCAUUCCUGGGAAGAAAGGAACCUUGUGGGAGGGAGGACUCUACAAACUCAGAAUGCUGUUCAAAGAUGACUACCCUUCUUCACCACCCAAAUGCAAGUUUGAGCCACCAAUAUUCCACCCGAAUGUCUACCCAUCUGGCACAGUGUGUCUGUCCAUCCUGGAGGAGGACAAAGACUGGAGGCCUGCCAUCACCAUCAAACAGAUCCUGUUGGGUAUCCAGGAGCUGCUGAAUGAGCCCAACAUUCAAGACCCAGCACAAGCAGAGGCGUACACAAUUUACUGUCAGAACAGGAUGGACUAUGAGAAGCGGGUAAGGGCACAGGCCAAGAAGUUUGCCCCCACAUAGAGAGGAGAGCUGGGCUCUUUCCCGCCUGAGCAGCCUGGACGGACUGCUGGAGGUUACAAACAGGAGGCAGGCAGCACCUGAUGGACCACUCCAAUAAGAAUCCAGUUUAGAGUAUUAUACUAUUACGCAGGUGACGAGAAUUUUUUUUUUUUCUUCUUUUUUGAAAACAACAAAACGUUCAAUAAGAAAUAUUUAUGCAUUUUGAAUGCAUAGCUGGUGAUCCUAGAACUCUGCUGUCAACACAACCUUUGCUAUUUGUAACUCUUGUAUAAUUCAUAUCUCCGGUCUUGUCAUGAGUGCUGCUCAGCUCACUCCUGCCUCCCAUUGAUUCUGUAAGUCCUAAUAAUUUAUCGACAGAGCUGUAGAGACCACUGUGUGUGUAGUUCAGUCGGUUGUGGCAGAGGAGGAGAUUUUGUUUAUUCUUCUUUAUUCUUACUUCCAGUUUUUUUUUAUUUUUAUUUUAUCAAACCCCAGAAGUAUUGUAGAUAGUGUUUCACGACCGUGAACAGGGACAAAGCAGUCAGACACACAAGGGAAGUCAGUCCUCCCGUUGUCAGGGUUGGGAGUCGAAAUCUGGUUCAAAAUUAGAACCCAAUACAAGAUGCCAAGAACCGUGUGUGUGUGUGUGUGUGGGGGUGUGGAGGAGAAAAAAAAAAAAGUCUGGUUCUGCUUAUCUGUUCCUAAACAACUACCCAUUGGCAAAGCGUUACACUUUGUGUUGUUUAGACAGUAUUGGGAAGAGUUGCAAGCAUGCGAGUCAGCUGUGCGCCAUGGGCCGCUUUUUCUACUUUGCUGUCGUCGCAGCCCACCUCUCUCUCUCUCUCUCUUUCUCUCUCUCUCCCCCCCCCUCACACACUAAACACACACUACAUACAUCAUCACCAUUCUCAACCCAGUUGUAUGUUUUUUUUCCCCCCAAAGACGCAGUGAAUGUUAUUUUGCAUUUCGACUCGUAUGUUGUUUUUAUUGACCGCCACCUCGUGUGUGAAGUAAACGUGGCUGCCUGUGUCUGUCUCUGUGCAGCAUUCUGAGCAGACACGGGCAGAGGGGAGCGCAAAGUCUCGGCGAGAAAAAGCAGGUGUAGUAAUGAUAUGAAUAAAUAUGAAUUGUGUAAAAGUUUUUAAAAAAAGUACACCCCGCCCAUCAAAUAAUCGGUAAUCAAGAAUCGUUAAGAACCUGAAUCGAUGAGCAGAAUCGGCAUCAGAAUAGUUGAAAUCCAAACAAAACCCAACCUUGCUCGUUGACCCAACCUUGUUUUUGUUCCCGUCACAUACGCCUCACAUUUGAGUUCCCAGAAAGGCAUCAAAAGAAUACUGUCAAGUCGCCAACUUCAGGUAAAAGACAAUCCUGGCACUUUUUAUAUUGGUUGUUAGCGAAACCACCUCAGAGAAGGGAAGACAUGCGAGAGAUGAAUGGGGCCCGUGAGCCAGGGCUUUGCUUUAAAAUAAUCUUUUAUUUCAGCGGAGCUAAGAUAAGCUUACAGUGUGUUCACACCCAGGCGAAGCGAUGUUUCACAUUACUUUAAUCGCGUGAGUUUGAUCGCAGAAUCACACUGGGAUCAUUUGUUUACUCACUUUACCCGCGUUGCUCGUGCCGGUGUAGAGCUUACCAGGUAGUCCAACUUCCUUGCUUACUUUCCCUUCUCUUUUGUCCGUUCUCUGUACAAAUAAUGAGGUACUAUAGAGCUCUGCCAGCAGACAGCUACAGUUUGUCCCUUCAUUUCUGAUUCCACAAUGUCAAGACAUCAGGAGGAUCUAAACACUGAUUGGCUUUCGCGACACAGCACCAUGCGGAUUUCUCGCUGCAGGUUUGCGUCUUUGCAUUGACUUUGCAUGUAAUGGUGUCGCCGAAUUCGGGUGAAAAUGCCUGGGUGGGAACACGCCAUGAGUGUUCAGAUUCUUUUUGUGAAUCCAACUGGGGGAAAAGCUAUUUGUCAAUUACAGUUUCAGUGUUGAACUACAUGCACAUUCAACACCAGUUUGUCAUUUGCUUCCCAAAGCGCUACAAUAUGAGAUAGAGGAGAAGUUGCGUUGUAAGAUAGAGAAGUUGCAUUGUGACAAAAACGUUUGCUGUGUGUUUUUGUUUUGACGCUCAAUCAGUUAGACAUAGCCUAGCAUACCAUCACUUGUGGUUAUUUUCUCCCACAAUGCUCACAAAAUGAAUACAAACCUGUAUAAAUCAUGAAGCUAUUAAAUGUUCAAGUCGAUCUGGCAAACAGAAGCUGAAGGAUCCUCAUUGGAAUGGCCUCUCAACCAGCAAGGACGACAUGUGAAAGUGCACUUGAGAGUAAUCGCAGGCCUGAGAUUUUUUUUGCCUCUAAAUAUACGAGUGCAUGUACAUAAUAUAAAUAAUGACAAAUUGUGGAAGUUAUGUUUUAUAUUGUUUUAGCCAGUUGACAUUUGUGUGUGGUAUUAUAACAAAGAACACAAUAAAUGGCAUAAAAUUGUGAAAUAAAGUUGAAUAAAAGGAAUGUUUUGGG